CUGAUGCGGCUGAAAUCCUGGGCCAAGACCCCAUGCUGCUCAACAGACUUGUACAGUGGUGCAACACUAAUGACGACACCAGCCUUCGUGGAGAAGCAAAUCGGUUGCUAGCAUCAAUCUUACGUCACAACAGAUCCCAAGAAGUGGUCAAAGCCAUCCAAGAGGCACAAGGAGUGAAGCAUCUGGUUUCCAUGACAACAAGUGAACAUGCUGCCAUGCAGAAUGAGGCUCUGAACGCCUUGGCAAUAGCAUCUGCAAUCGAUUUAGAAACCCUUGAGGAAUCUUUUAAGGAAUCACAGCUAGUUCAAAGCUUACACAAACUUCUACAAGAUGAUAAUACAAGUCCCGAGGUGAAAUAUAAUUCAAUGGGUCUUUUGUGCAGCCUUCUUAAUUCAGGUGAUCUGAGACAAGAAAUAGAAGAAGACAAGAUUAAAGAAACCCUUGAACAACUCUGCAGUCACAGCAAUGCAAACGUGGUCAAGGAAGCUAUCACAACAUUACAGGUUUUGAGAGGAGAGGCAUCCCACUAG